AUGGAUGGUUCUAUUCGUGGCAUUGACAGAUUCGAAGGAAGAGUGCAUUGGACCCUGAAAGGUGGACCUGGAAGUUCGCUCAUUAAAUCAAAUUCUCAUUUCGAAACCCACAAAUUAUACAAACAAGGCCCAACAAGCUUUAAUUCCAAGAAUAACCACAGAGAGGAAGACGACAAUGACAAGUUAUUUGUAGAUACAGUGCGUAAUAUGGAUACUGAUGACGAUAAUGAGUCUCUUGACGACGAAUUCGACGAUUUCAACCUUGAACAACAAUCUUGGGAGGAUUCAGAAGACGGCGACAAUGACGAGGGAGACAUUUACUACAUUAUCGAACCCCAAGAUGGUGGAAGUCUUUAUAUUUAUGGAGAUGGUCGACCAUUAGAAAAAUUGCCUUUUUCUGUGAAAGAAAUCGUAAAUAACUCACCUUUCCGUACACCCGAUGGAACAACUUAUAUUGGAAGAAAAAGCACUCUCAUGAUUGAAAUUGACCCGAGAACGGGAAAGAUUUUACAACAAAUCGAUUUAAAUAAGGCAGAUAAUCAGUAUCGUAUGGCCACUCAAUAUCCACCAAGAACGAUUUUCCUUGGCAGAAAUGAAUACAAGGUUGCUAUUUACGACAACCAUAAAAAGUGGUGGAAUGUCACCUACAGUGAAUACAUUCCCAACAAAUUCGACUGGGAUGUACCCACCAACACUAUUCCUUCAGACAUUUACAUUGCCCCUGACGCUGAUUUAGCCAUUACCGGCAUCAAUGUCCGCAAUGGUAAGCUUAUUUGGUCUAGAGACUUGCCCCAUCCAGUAGUAAGCGUGUUUGAUGUUUACCGCCGAGAAGAUUAUACUAUUGCAUUAUCCAAACAAAUACCACCUCAGUCUUUAGCAAAAGGUGCCGUGGGCGACUUACUCAGCUUAAUGACCCGCAAAAAUGGUAUCACGAGCGCUUAUGUAGGUGUACACGAAGGUAGUCUUUACGCUCUCUCAACCAAGAAUUACCCGCUUGUUCAAAUAUCCCCUUGGGCACCAAUGUAUACCGGAAGAAAACCUGGAGACACCAAUCAACUGAUUGGCGGUAGUGAUGAUGGUCGCUCAAACAAUGCAAAUGAUGCUAAUGGAACUGGGUUUGAAUGGUCGCAGAAGCCUCAUGAAAUGUGUUGCCAUGGUUGUGAGUACCAUAUUGACUGUAUCAUUGGUCAACAUGUGGUAGAUGAUAUCACGGAUGAAGACCAUAUUUAUCGCUCUAAGGUAUCUUGGCCAACAAGCUCUACUGCUUCUUUACCUUCCUCUUUACCUUCAACACUUCCUUCUUCUUUACCUGUCUAUCACCAUUUGGAACACAUGGAAGACUACAAAGAACCAAAGACUGGUUUCUUUAAUGAAGGAUUUGGACAAUUUUGGAAAAGCUAUAUCCUCGUAUCGUCUGUCAUUGUCUAUGUCUAUCGUGAUCGUAUUGUUGCCUUUUACGAAGUGAAAGUCUUGCCUCGAUGGAAGCAAAUGUUGAAGAAACAUGCAAAAGCAAAAAAGACAAGAGCAAGAAUUGCUGCUGCUGCCAAGGCUGAAAGAGAAAAGAUCAAGAGAGAAAGAGCUGAUUCUCUUACAUCGAUUGGUAGCUUUGAUGCUGACCGAUAUAUCAAGGAGAAAAUCGAUGAGCAAAUUUACGAGAAGGAACAAGAAAGGAAAAGAAUACGAGAAGAAGAAGAAGCUCUGGAAAAGAAGAAGAAGGAGGCGGAAGAAGCCAAAGCAAAAAUUGAAGAAGCCAUUGCAAAGAAAGAACAAGAAGAAAAGGCCUCCAAGCAAGUGCUUGUUGUCAAGAAAUCGUCCACUGGUUUGGAUCUUGAAAGCUUUAAACAGUCCAAGUCUCGUGUUUUGGAAAUAUCAGACCAUGUUCUAGGUUAUGGUAGUCAUGGUACCGUUGUAUAUAAAGGAAGCUUCGAUGGUAGAGAAGUCGCAGUCAAGAGAUUGUUGCUUGAUUUCUAUGAUGUCGCUUUAAAGGAAGUGAAGCUUUUACAGGAAAGUGAUGACCACCCUAACGUUGUUCGCUAUUUUUACAAAGAAGAGUCUGACCGGUUCUUGUAUAUCGCUCUUGAACUUUGCUAUGGAUCCUUGAAUGAUUAUAUGGAGAGAUCAUUCCCUAUACCCGAGAUGCAACUUUGCGACAGCAUGGAUCCAGCUAAUAUCUUAUCUCAAUUUACCUCUGGUCUUCAGUACCUUCACUCUCUCAAAAUCGUUCAUCGAGAUAUUAAGCCACAUAAUAUCUUGAUGGCUCCAAGUAAACAUCGUUACAUCAAGGAUGCUCCCGUCAUGCGUAUUUUGAUUUCCGAUUUCGGUCUUUGUAAAAAAUUAGAUGGCGAACAGAGUAGUUUCAAUUACACUGCUGCUUCACCUGCAGGAACUUCGGGUUGGAGAGCACCGGAAUUAUUAGCAGGUGCGUUGGCGGCAACUUCUUCGGACACUAGCUUUAGUAGCACAAGAGAAUCCUCUUCUGAUCCUAGCAAUAUGAUUGGUCGUGUCAAGGCUACUCGCGCUAUCGAUAUAUUUUCAGCAGGCUGUGUUUUCUACUAUGUCCUCAGUGGUGGCGAUCAUCCUUUUGGUAACCGAUUUGGACGUGAAAAUAAUAUUUUGACUGGCGACUAUAAUCUGGAUAAAUUAGACUCGAUGGGUGAAGAUGGGGUUGAAGCUAAGGAUCUUGUGGAAAGAAUGAUUUCUUCUGAGCCUAAAUUAAGACCUACACCGGAUGUUAUUUUAUCGCAUCCAUUUUUCUGGACAACAUCCAAGAGACUUGCAUUUUUACAAGAUGCUUCUGAUAGAUUUGAGAUUGAAGAACGCGAUCCACCCUCAUUAUUAUUACAAGAGCUUGAAGCCAAUGCAGCGACAAUUAUCGGUACUGAUUGGUAUAAACGGAUCGAUCGUGUAGUUGCCAAUGAUCUUGGAAAGUAUCGCAAAUACGAUGGUAAACGAGUGCGUGACUUAUUAAGAGCAUUAAGAAAUAAGAAACAUCAUUGGCAAGAUUUACCUGAGCCUGUCAAGUUGGUGUACGGUGAACCACCGAACCAAUUUUUGUAUUAUUUCACCGCUAGAUUCCCCCAUUUACUGUUACAUACGUAUCAUGUUGUAGCAAACCAACCUAAACUAAGAAAAGAAGGUUCACUAGGACAGUAUUUUUAA